GCCUCCGUACUGCACAUGCCCGGCAGAAGUCCGGGCGCGCAACUUUGCAGAACCUCUCCGUCUCCCCUCGCCUCAGUCUCCUCUCUCCUCUCCAAGGCGAGAGGACCGGCGGAGGCACCUCUCCCGAGUCUUAGACUGUAGAGUCUGAGACUUCGAGAGAGGAGCCGGCGAGGAGGCAGACUUUUCCUUCCCUUUCCCCAUCCCUCCUUUCUGCUCAGAGAGGCCAGCAGAAGCGCGGAGCUUUAGAAAGUUGAGUGGUCAGAAAGCUCCAGCAGCCCACGCGCACCGGAGCUGCUCUCUGCAGAGCCAGAGGGCAGCGGGGCUUCUCGGUGUGCGCCCAGGAGAAUGGAUCGCAGGUUCCGGGCUCACCAGUGGCGCCGAGCUCGCCACAAUUACAACGAUCUGUGCCCAUCCAUUGGCCGCCGGGCUGCCACCGCGCUCCUCUGGCUCUCCUGCUCCAUCGCGCUCCUCCGCGCCCUUGCCACCUCCAACACCCGCGCCCAGCACCGUGCGGCUGCCCAGCAGCGCCGGAGCUUUCUUAACGCCCACCACCGCUCCGCCGCCCAGGUGUUCCCUGAGCCCCCCCAGUCUGACACCGAGCACGAGGUGGCAGACCGAAACCCAUCCCCCCCUGAGUGUCCAGAUUACGAGGAAGACUUCGACUACGAAUCUGAGUCCGAGUCAGAACUUGACUCUGAGAUCGACUUCGACACGGAGACGGAGACCGCCCCCACCACUGAGCCCGAGCCCGAGCCCGAGGACGAGCGCGGCCCCGUGGUGCCGAAGCAGAGCACCUUUGGUCAGUCGCUCACUGAGCGUCUCCAAGCUCUGAGGCUGCGGAGCCCCGACGCCUCCCCAAGUCGCGCGCAGUCCAGCACUCAGGAGCCCAGGAGCCCCAGAGAGCGGGAGGAGCCCCAACCCAAGGACCAGCGUCCGAGGGACCCGCAAGAAUCCGCGGAGCCAAAAAAGGAGCAGCAGCAGCAGCGUCGCUGCAAGCCCAGGAAACCCACCCACCGCGACCCAUCCCCGGAGUCCCCUUCCAAGAGGGGACCCAUCCCCAUCCGGCGCCACUAAUGGAGGACUCGGUCCAGAUUCUCCUUGUUUUCUUUGAUU